AUGCUCGUCGAGCUGGGCUACAAGGAGAUCGAAGUGUCAUUCCCGUCCGCGUCGCAGACCGACUAUGAAUUUACGAGACGCUUGGUCGAAACCCCCGGGGUGGUCCCCGACGACGUCUGGUUGCAGGUCUUAUCACCUUGUCGUGAAGAUUUCAUCCGCAGAACUAUCGAGUCAUUGAAAGGUGCCAAAAAAGCGAUUGUUCAUUUAUACCUUGCUACAAGUGACUGCUUCCGGAGAAUCGUGUUUGGCAUGACGGAAGACGAGAGCGUUGCCCUGGCCGUGAAAUCCACCAAACUCGUUCGAGCACUUACCAAAGAUGACCCAAGUCAGGCAGGCACGGAAUGGCUUUACGAAUUUAGCCCGGAGACCUUCUCAGACACGUCUCCCGAGUUCGCUGUGCGGAUUUGCGAGGCAGUGAAGGAAGCAUGGGGCCCAACUGAAGAUGCCAAACUGAUCUUCAAUCUUCCGGCCACUGUGGAGAUGUCGACUCCAAAUGUUUUCGCUGACCAGGUCGAGUACUUCAGCACUCACAUGACAGAACGAGAAAAGUUUUGCAUCUCGGUCCAUCCCCACAACGACCGGGGUUGUGCCGUCGCCGCUGCGGAAUUGGCGCAGAUGGCCGGUGCCGAAAGAGUCGAAGGCACUUUGUUUGGAAACGGGGAGCGCACUGGGAAUGUAGAUCUGGUCACUUUGGCCCUGAAUCUGUACACUCAAGGCGUCUGGCCGAAUGUUGACUUUAGCGACAUCAACAAGGUCAUCCGGGUCUGUGAAGAAUCUACAAAGAUCCCGGUGAACGAGCGGUGGCCAUAUGGCGGGCAGUUGGUCGUUUGCGCUUUCAGCGGUUCUCACCAAGAUGCUAUCAAGAAGGGGUUUCAGGCUCGCAGAGACAAGGGCUUAGGCUCCACCGAGCAGUGGGAACUCCCUUACUUGCCGCUCGAUCCUCAAGACAUUGGCCGAACCUACGAGGCGGUCAUCAGAGUGAACUCACAAUCUGGCAAGGGCGGUGUUGCCUGGAUCAUCCAACGCAGUCUCGACCUCGAUUUGCCUCGUGGCCUUCAGAUCGCCUUCAGCAGGAUUGUGCAGAAGGAAGCGGAUGCAAAAGGACGGGAACUACUUCCACGAGAAAUCCAGGCGUUAUUCGAAGAGUCGUAUCAUCUCAAGAAGAACCCGAGAUUCACCCUCGUCGACUACAACAUUACGGCGGUCAGGACGACGUCGCCAGCCCCAACGACGAAGUCAUCAGUUGGUCAGCCGCCCCAGACCAUUGCUCCGGCGCAAAAUACAUCGACGGCCAAACGUCAGUUUGCUGGUAUCAUCGCUAUCGACGGCAUUCAACAUCCUGUGGUUGGUGUGGGCAACGGCGCUAUUUCGUCUUUGGCCAAUGCUCUCCAUUCUCUAGGAAUCGACCUUGAUGUCGCUGACUACAAGGAGCAUGCCAUCGGCGAAGGCCGCGAGGUGAAAGCUGCCACCUUUAUUGAGUGCACGGCCAGCGGCUCGCACGAAAAAGUAUGGGGUGUGGGCAUUCAUGAGGACGUUGUGCAGGCAUCUUUGAUUGCGCUUUUGAGUGCUGCCAGCUCGGUAGGUGCCUCGCGCUCGAUGACGCCAACCGUUGAAACUGACCUUUGUCUACAGUUCCUGACCUCCCGAGUUUCCACGCCCGUCCCGUUCCGACCCAAGCACGUGCGGGAGUUCUCAGAAGCUGAGUUGGAGGCUUUGGAGCGCUUGAAUCUGAGUGCAUCGGACAGCCCCAACAGCCCCUUGAGAUCGUCCACGACAGCCGCCUCGAUUCCGUCGCCAUCUCAUUUGAAUAUGAACACAAAUGCCGGCAGCAUCUCAGCUAGCAAGAUUGAUAUUGAUCUCUUGGAAAAGAAGGCCGAGGCUAUUAAUGGCCAUACAAAAGAAGCAUAG